AUGACUAGGCCAAUCAAUCUGAAAACCCGCCGCCUGCUCCUGCGCCCCUUCGAGUUGAGCGACGUCCGAGAGGUCUAUGAGUAUGCCCAGGAUCCGGACUGGUCUCACUUCCUUCCAUUACCAAAUCCUUACACAUACCGGGACGCGGAGGAGUUUGUCGCAAGCUCAUUCGCCUCUGACUGGAAUACAAAUCCCCACUUCGCAAUUUCGCUUAGUGGGACUGUAAUUGGAUCGAUCAACAUCAGGUUGGACCUGCGAAACAGCGCUGCCGAAAUAGGUUAUGCGAUCGGAAGGGCGCACUGGGGACGGGGCAUCACUCUGGAGGCGGGUAGAGCGGCGGUAGACUGGGCUUUUAGGGAAUACAACCUGGCGCGAAUCUGUGCCAAAGCCGAUCUCGAAAAUGGCCAGUCGUGGAGGGUUAUGGAAAAGCUCGGGAUGCAGCGAGAAGGGAUUACUCGAAGCAGCGGCCCCAGUGAGCACGCCCCCAACAUCAGAGAGGAUACGGUUACCUACUCUAUUCUUCGCGACGAGUGGGAACAGGAUAACGUAGGGGAACCCUACCAGCGUCAAGCGAAUUCGGAUUCCUCGGAGUAA